AUGAUGCCCAGCUUCGUGCUGCCUUUCCUGCUGCUCAUCAUGGUGCAAAGCACUCUGUACCGCCUCGCACCUCGUUCUCCUGACACUCCGCUGUCAGCAGCUACCAAGACCCGACAAGUUCCCUUGUAUCGGCUCAAGAGCCCGACUGUCUUCCUCUUCGUCAUGUCUUCUUACAACUAUGAAGAUGACGAUGUCUACAAUGGUCCUGGUUGCUGUAUGAAGUGCUGUCGAGCACUUGAUGUUGGUAAUCAUGAUGCGUGCGGGGCAUGUUAUUGCCGCCGCAGUUUCCGACCGGAUUACGAUCGCGACAUCUAUCCAGGCUGGAGCUUCGGAGAGUACUACCCAGGUAGUCGACGUGAGGAUUGGGCGGGUACGUCCAGCAACGCUGCGCCUGUCACUAACAACUCCAACAACCGGGGUGGGCGUGGAACUUCUUCCCGGAACACCUCCGAUUCAACUUCCCACAGUGCCCUCCAGGCUACGACCGCCUCUGAGACUCGUCAGUCUCCUGAGAAUGGUGGAGAUUCCAAGGACUCUGACAAGUCCGAGGAAAAGAAGGCUAAGCCAAAGUCAUUCUGUGAGCACCCCGGAAGGAAGUGA